CGGAAAGAGACGCUCCAUUUCGAAACGCACUAUGCGACCAUCCGCCAACUUUGCAUAAGCAAUGAAUUGUAUCCAAAUUUAUCGGUAAAACUCUACAAGUUCAAUUACUGAAGAACUACGGUUAGAAGGUCGAUGAUGAAUAUCCCCAACUUGUCCAAAAAUGGAAUGCCCACAGGCGAAUCUGAGCAGAACUAUAGGAGGAUAAGAGCAUGCGUCGCAUGUCGGAACAUGAAGAUAAAAUGCGUCUCAGUACCUGGCGCAAAGGACUGUGAGAGUUGUUUGAGAUCCUCUCGGCCAUGUCACGACCCUGGCCCCCCAAAAGCUCGCGUGAAGACUUCGCAAAAGUUUUCCGAGCUUGAAAAGAGGAUUGAUGCCCUUACAAGUGCGCUAGAUGCCGAAAGACGGCGAAAUCAAGAAUCGCUUAAGCAAGUGAGAACAGAAGCACCAUGGUCCAAUACACCAGAUACUGAUAGGAACGAUACGUUCUCACCUGUUGAACGGCAAGAUCAUGAUAAGAGAAUUGUCAUCGGCGAGAACGAAAUCAGUGCUUUAGCAUGCGACGACAUUAUAGCUGCGGGGUUGAUAGACAUGUCUACUGCCUGUCAACUGUAUGACCACUGGAAUUUAUAUAUGCGUCCAUUGAUGCCUGUUGUCCAAUUCUCAGCCGAGGAUGAUGCAUACACUAUUAGGGCGAAAAAACCUACAUUAUUCCUAACCAUCAUGACGAUAGCUAGCACUCUGACCAGGCCUUCUCUUGUUUCCAGCUUUCUAACGCGACUGAAUAACACCUUAGCUCAGGAAGUAUUCAUUCGAGGCGCAAAGUCUAUCGACUUAUUACAGUCUCUCAUCCUCUUCUCACAAUAUUACAUACAGCCACCAAAUACUACGGCUUUUGCACUCCCGCAACACAUGUAUAGUGCAGUGAUCAUGUCUCAUGACCUUGGCUUGACUACAAUAUCCAACUCAAACUUAGGCAAGGAUAAAGAGUCCUAUAGGACGUCAUUGGCCGUCUAUCUUGGUUCAUCGUGUGUAGCAACACUUCUACGUCGACACCAGCCGCUCUUUUUCACCCCGUCACACCGAGCCUGCAUAGAAGCUCUUACCAAAGGCGAUGGUGGCCCGAGCGAUGAUCAGUGGUUAUGCAGUCUGGCGGUUCUUCAGGAGAUCCUUGACGAUGCUUCCAAGACUUUAAAUAACUCGCACAACCGUACGAAUGAAUCGUUUGAUGACUUUGGGACACAACAUCUACUUGGGAUUUUUCGACAGAGGUUAACUGACUGGAAGUUAUCUCCAUCAGGAAACAUCAACCCACGAUUGAAAGACCUUUCAGCAUCAAUUGUUGAUCUCUAUAUUCACCAGGUGGCCAUUCGAACAUAUAUAUACCAAAUGUAUGCUUGGUAUACGAAUAAGGAAAAGAAUAACUCAAGUCAGCCAACACCGGCAUUUUCAACUCCACACAUAGAUGCACUUUGCUACUGUCUCAAAGCUGGCUCUAGCGUCAUGAAUAUUUAUCUUUCACUAGAUGAUUUAACUGCCCGCUCUCUCCCCAAUACAUUCCUUGUUUGGAAUUUAUGUGCAGCAGUCUGCCUUGCCAAGAUAGGCCACUUUGCCGAGGAACUACGAACGAACAGCAGAGAUAACGAUGGGCUGCCUUCAUUAUUAGAUCUCUUCGAGGCUAUAGUUCAAAGACUUGAGAAUUUAUCUCGAGAUGGAUACUUCCCACAAUCGCGGCCAUUUAUAGUCGCUUUUAAGAAGCUCAAAAAAUGGUUCCGACAGAGGAAAAUCAUAUGUCUAAACAACAAUGGAACUUGCGGCGAGGAAGGAAGGGGCCCUAUCCAUGGCGUCCUAGGAACACAAACACCUCCAGCUUCUCCAAGUUCCCCUCGAGCCCAGCCUAUCGAUCAAAGCCAUCCAGGGAGCGUUCUUGAGCUUGAACCUGGAUCUAACAAUAUCAUUACAUCAUCCAAGACCCAAUAUGUAGACCAGCGAGGUCUUGAUUGGAAUCCAAAUCUGCAUGAGCUUGGUAACCUGAAGGAGACGCUGGGUAAUGAUACUGGCACUACCAACAUGACUUUCGACACCACCGCCGAGGACUCUAACUACUUCAAUAUUGAUUUCAAUGAUCUAGGGUUUGGCUUCGACGACAUGACAGAUAUUAAUAAUUUCAUUUAAUGUUUGGUUGGGAAUGUAGUUGCAUACCUAGCAGUCCAUUACAAAUUGGAUUUCUUGAAAAUAUUUUAUGCAAUAAGUUGGUGUGGCAAUAUUGAUUAUGCCGUCGUGCGGCUUCUGUUUGUACAUACCAUGUCAUGCUGAGUAGGCUGUUGAUACGGUUAAAAGAAGCUUCGUUUCUAUGCUUUAUCAUUUUGUCGCCCGUACUUUCUCACGGUCAUAUAGUUGUUACCUAGGUGGACAUUUUAACCAAUACCUAAUUAUACAAAUAGAAGUAUACGAAUAUACAUUGAGACGGAGUCUAGCG